CUCAUUAGGUGGGCCUACCGUGGGAAUGCUCGGCCCCGAAGUGAGGUUGACCCACUGAUCAGGUGGGCCAGCCAUAUUGCUCACUCUUUUUCCAACCAUCCAUUUUCUUCUUGCACAAGUGGCCCGCCUGACGAUCCGAGUGAUCAUAUUUCAAGACAAUUGAAUGUUGAAUAUUGGCCCCACCUGAUGAUCACAUUGGCAAAGAAUCGCAUCUCCAGAGCCAUCCUCGUCCAACAAUCAUCCUCCAACAAUAUAAGACGUACAUUUCACAAGAUAAUAAGAUCCAAACAGAAUACAUAUAUAGGAUAAAUCGCCCUCAACGGUUGUAGUUAACGACCAGCUAAGGUGUGAUUUCUAUUUAUACGACACUUUUCUCAGUUCCUCAAAACCAUGAAAGCUUUAAUGGAAGGCUCCCCACAUACCAUCUUACACCACCUAUUGGUGUGGUCACUACUGCUACUAGGGCCCAUUUCUGAUGUGUGGGCCACGGAUGAACGUCAAACGUACAUCAUCCACCUGGACCACUCGCAUAAACCCGACAUGUUCGCCAGCCAUGAGUCCUGGCACCAGUCCAUGCUGGAAUCCUUGACAUCAGCUGAAGGGACGUCGAGUGAAGAGAUGUUGCUCUACUCCUACACCCAUGUCAUGCAUGGCUUCAGCGCUAGGCUGUCACCUUCUCAGUUAUCCGAGCUGGAGAAAUUGCCAGCUCACCGGGCUACAUACCGCGAAUCAUACGGCAAGCUAUUCACCACCCAUACCCCUACCUACCUGGGCCUUAGGCAUUGGUCUGGCAUAUGGCCUGCAUCAUCCUACGGCCAAGAUGUGAUCAUUGGAAUAAUGGAUACUGGGGUUUGGCCAGAGAGCGGGAGUUUUAAUGACCGUGGGAUGCCGCCGGUGCCAGGUAGAUGGAAGGGUGAAUGCGAGAACGGGACGGCAUUUAGCCCUUCGCUCUGCAAUCGAAAGCUAAUUGGAGCUCGAUCCUUCAGCAAAGGGCUAAAAGCCAGCGGAAUUGAAAUCAGUGAUGGCGACUAUGACUCCACCAGAGACUGGCUUGGACAUGGGACCCACACGUCAUCGACAGCAGGCGGAGCCUAUGUGUCUGGUGCCAGUUACUUUGGGUACGCUGAGGGUAGAGCCAGAGGCAUAGCCCCGGCUGCCCGGGUUGCAAUGUAUAAGGUGCUCUGGGCUUCGGACAGCUACCAAAGUGCAGCCACUGACGUGCUCGCAGGCAUGGACCAGGCGAUCGCCGAUGGUGUUGAUAUCAUGUCCUUAUCUCUCGGUUUCGAGCAAACACCAUACUACAAGGACGUCAUCGCCAUGGGCGCACUUUCAGCCAUUGAGAAAGGGAUCUUUGUUGCAUGUGCGGCUGGCAAUGAUGGGCCAGAGAGGAAUUCGACAUACAAUGGUGCACCAUGGAUCAUGACCAUUGGUGCGGGCACCAUCGACCGGAGUUUCCAGGGAAAGCUGACACUGGGCAAUGAUCUAACGCUAGAAGGGACAUCCUACUACCCCGAGAGCAUAUACAUUGCCAAUUUGCCUUUGUACUAUGGCAAAGGCAACAUAGACAAAGCUACAUGUCUGAUGUCUUCUUUGGCUCCGAUCGAUGUUGCCGGGAAGGUCGUUCUCUGUGAUGGAGACAACAACACUGACCUUUACAUGCAAAUAUUAGAGGUCAAUAGGAGUGGUGCUGCCGCGGGUAUCUUCAUGAUGGAUGGCUCAUUUCAUUUUCCCAACGACUACUACAUUCCUAGCCUUGUUCUAAACGGUGGGCCUGCAGCUACUUCAAUCAGGAAAUAUGCCAUGGAAGUGGUUAAUGCGACGGUAAGAGAGCUGAGGUUCAAGAUAACAAAGCUGGGGGUGAAGCCAGCACCUCAAGUGGCCUUCUUCUCAUCGAGAGGCCCAGACCCGGUAAGCCCAAGUGUGCUAAAACCGGACAUACUCGCACCAGGAGCAGAUGUGCUUGCAGCAUGGGUUCCGAACAAGCCAUUUGCAAAGAUGAAAUCAGAUUAUUUGGUUACAGAUUACGCAUUGGUUUCAGGUACAUCGAUGGCAUCGCCCCAUGUAGCUGGUGUAGCCGCACUAAUGAGGGCCAUCUACAAAGACUGGAGCCCAGCAGCCGUCCGUUCGGCGAUCAUGACCACCGCAACAGCCACGGACAACACUCACUCCACUAUUGGAGAUCAGUGGCCAGGGCUGCACGAUACACCUUUGGACUUUGGCGCAGGCCAUGUCAACCCAAACAGAGCGAUGGACCCCGGGCUCAUCUACGACAUGAACUUCCAAGACUACAUCAAUUUCCUCUGCAGUCUCGGAUACAACAAGACCCAGAUGGCCGCCAUCAUCAGACGGGCCGAAUGGAGCUGUCCUAACACCCCUACCAAUCUCAACUACCCAUCCUUCAUCGCAGUCUUCUCAAAUGAAACUACCUACCCAACAGUUCAGAAUUUCAGCAGAAUCGUGACCAAUGUGGGAGGCGAUACUGCCUCUUACAAGGCGAUAAUAGAUUUCCCCUAUGGAAUGAGAAUCCAAACAGAUCCGGAAACACUCACAUUCAACAGUAAGAAUCAGAAGCAAGGGUUUGUAGUGAGUAUAGAGGUUGACAAAGAAGCAUGGAGUAAUGGUCCUGUGGUGUAUGGUUAUCUCAAAUGGGUUGAUGAACAAAACCAUGUUGUGUCCAGCCCAGUAGUAGCUAUUUCUGAUUCACAGUAUUAAAGAGUAAUAGCUAAUCUAGUAUAAAUACUGAAACAAACGUAUUGUAUUUCUUUUUGAAGAAGUUCAAAGGAUAAUAA